AUGGGGCAAGGUCCCAAGACACCCGAGCCAUCCUUUCCUAGCGACAAAUCACAACUCCCGUCACCUCCACGACCUCGAUUGAAGUUGAAGAGGCGACAAGCAUCGCACCAGCUCAAUGCGCCCACUCAACAUUUCCUAGCAUCAGUCGCCGCGGCAGAUGUACCAGUUCCCAGUAUUGAAGUGGAUAACUCGGGUACCGUGGAAGUUUAUGAGCACUUGCAUGCGCAAAGAUUCUCGCCACCAAAAACCCCUGCACUCGAAACUGUGUCGUCCUGCGAUAAUAUUAAGUAUCCAGACUGGUCUGUUGGCUCUGAUUGGAGCUGUUCGGAUCUUGAAUCAAGUCCGGAAUAUGAAUCUAGCAGACCUUCAACGGCAUUCUCUACGCAGACGAGUGCUUCACUAUUCAGCCAAUUCUCCCAGGCUUCUGAUGAUGGCGAUUGCGGCAGCCCAGAGCGCAAGCCUAUGGAAUUACACCAGCUAAGCUCACUUGGUAACGCACAUGUGUCACAUAAGGAGAGGUCACGAAAGGCACCGUGGACCAAAGCUAUGGACUCACAUUUAUGGUCAACCUAUAUGCUAUAUUUGCAAGAUCCGCGAGUGACUCCGAUACGCCUGGGUAGAAGUCAUAUUCCACCCAACGGAGUUUGCUUGCGCGUAGCACGAGAGGCGAAAAGAAGUUGGAAAGGCUCCAAGACACAUCUAACAGCUGAUGUGAAUAGUGGGAGCACCACCCCCACCGCCGAAUCUUCUAAACCCUAUAUUCAAUGGCCUCAUACUUGCGCUGCUACCCGUGCUCAUCUGCGCGAGCUUUGCAGACUCAACACGGCAACUAGUCCAGGACAUUACAAGUCUCCAAGCCCUGCCCCCUUCCAUAAGGCAGCUCAUCGUCGUUGGAACCGAAGAUCGGCACCAUUUAGAUCACCUUCAAUAUUUUCUGCCCAUGAUAUGGCUCUGUCUUUAGCAAUGAGCACUUCCGAGGCUAUGAACCCUGAAGGGCCUUUAGCUCAGCUCGCCAGUUCAGAAACCGAACCCUUUCCGGAACUUAAGGUCGAUACAGAGUUGGGCAUAAGUCUAAACCAGGAUGUACCGUUGGCCACCGACCUCUCUUAUCUUCCAUCCCCUGUCUUGGCCAAGAGCUAUGGGCCUAGUUCAUCAUCUUCACUUGCUGCCGAUAUUACUUUACCACGACAGUCACACACUCUAGGCUCUCGAAAACUUCUCAAGUCACCUGUUCGUCUUACUAGAUCGCGCUCAGGAACACAAAAACGUAGGUCUGUCAAGAACGAAGAUCUACCACGAAAGCGACCAAGUCUAUCAGCGGAUUUUUGGAAAGAUUCGCCCGAGAUUCUGGAGCAGCUAUCACGAGACACACACUUGGGUCUCUUACACGGAAUGCCCUCUGAAUUGCGUGACCAGAGCAUCGAUAUGUUCACUCCCAAAACUCCUGACAGCAAUCCAACGUAUCCAUCCACCUCUCUAAAUCAUGAUAUCGAAUCGCCUCCGGUGAUACCACCGCGUCGCUUGGGGUCUCCCUUCUCAAGUGCCGGUUCGAGUCAUAGUUUCCCCAACCGAUUGUCCGCACCAAUCAACUUUAAUCUCACGGCUUUUCGCCGCCCCUUUGCAACUGUUCAGCAGUCGACGCAAGAGCGUCAGCAGACACAGUCUCCUCGGUCCACUUUGGCGUCUCGCCUAGCCUACCUAGACCAAAGGCUUAGGGAGUUACGAAAUCGUGGAAAUGAACGCCGACGGUCCCAGUCACCACUAUGA